AUGCGCUCCUUCGCCAUCGCCGCCGGCCUUUUCGCCGUUGCCGCCCUCGCCAACCCGAUCAACGUUGCCCGUGGCUCCAAGGAGCCCUGCGACGAAGAUGCGGCGCCGUGCAUGACCUACGACCAGGCCACCGAGGUUGCUGCCAACUUCCGUCAGAGCAUCAAGAACUACAGCAACGCGUCGACGAUCGAGCACUUCACCGAGGACUUUGUCGACUACUCUGCCUCCGUCAGCACCUUGAUCAACGGUGGCUGCGUGGAUGGCCCAGUUGACCUCAACGCUCCCACUUUCAGCGGCCGUGAGGACUUCAUGGCCGGCCAGGGUGCCCAGCCCACGAUCCCAUUCAAGAUCCUGAACCUCUACCACACCUGCGACACCGUCGUCAUCCGCUGGCGCUCGCAGGGCCCUGGCCAAGAGCCAGAGCCAGUGACCGGCAUCAUUGUCAUCGAGGCCGAGUACCAGAAGGGCGACAAGCAGAACCCAUGGUUGAUCAAGACCGUCUACUCUGAGUUCAACUCCGGCGCAUGGCUCGUCAACAUUGGCCUGUUCACCCCGACUUGCCCACCCCCGCCACCACCGACCAAGCGCUCCACCCUCCAGGCGCCCGUCCGUAUGUUCUAA